AAUAAAUAUCAUCUACUGAAACUACAGUUGUUGGUAGGUUCACCAGUUCAUCCUCCUGUUAUUUCAACACACGAGACGACUCCAUUACUGCAACUUCGUCCUUCUUCCUAACCUCCCUGCAAGGACCCCCACUACCAUCAACCUCUAUCCCUACAUAUUUUGCCAUUAUUGUUCUAGAUUUCUGAAAUGGAGGUCGACACCAGCCCCCAUACACAUACAACCUUCGAUCGAACCCCAAAACAACCACCAUAUCCUCUAUACUCCGACGAACAUCAUCGUUCAUUAAACCUUGAUCACGAAAAUUCCAAAAUGGGAGCGUCCUUGUUUUCCACUCUCAACCCCAGCAUUCAGCCUCCGUCACCGGCGGCGGAUGUUAAAUGUCAAAGCCCUACCUAUCACUCCGACGCCGCUAUGAAACUUCAAAAGGUCUACAGAGGUUAUCGCACCCGUCGCCUCAUGGCAGAUUCUGCCGUCGUUAUUGAAGAACUCUGGUGGCAAGCCCUUGAUUUCGCCAGAUUAAAUCACAGCACAAUUUCCUUCUUCAAUUUCCAAAAACAAGAAUCAGCAGCUUCCCGGUGGAACAGAAUCUCUUUGAAUGCUUCUAAGGUGGGUAAGGGUUUGUCAUUAGAUGCCAAAGCUCAUAAAUUAGCAUUCCAACACUGGAUUGAAGCUAUUGAUCCUAGACACCGAUAUGGUCAUAGCUUGCACUUGUAUUAUGAAGAGUGGUGCAAAGCUGAUGCUGGCCAACCUUUCUUCUACUGGUUGGAUAUUGGAGAUGGACGAGUGGUUGAUUUAAAAGAAUGUCCAAGAUCAAAACUUCGUGAGCAGUGCAUUAAGUAUCUUGGACCUCAAGAAAGAGAGAAUUACGAGUAUGUCAUCAUUGAAGGCAAAAUCGUUCACGUUCUAACUGGACACCUACUCGAUACAAAAAAUGGAGAAAAAUGGAUAUUUGUCACAAGUGCCUCCAACAAACUUUACGCUGGCGAGAAAAAGAAAGGAAAGUUUCAUCAUUCUAGCUUUCUCGCCGGAGGAGCUACUUUAGCUGCCGGAAGGCUUGAUGUGGACAACGGGACACUUAAGACUAUCUCUCCGUAUAGUGGACACUAUCGUCCAACCGAUGAAAGCCUCAAGUCGUUCUUAUCUUUUCUCAAGGCAAAUGGUGUCGAUCUCGAAAAAGUUGAAAUAAAAAAGGCAAAUGAAGAUUACGAGAACUAUGAAAACAAGAAAAUGACUCAAAAUGGAUCUGAAACUGAACUCGGGAUUCCAGUUUCUUCCGAUACCCCGGAAUCCGAAACCCAUGAUCGCAAACCGGAAUUGGAAUCGUUGUUUCCGGUUGGUGAAGUGGUGGAGAAGAAGAAUAAUGGUUGUUAUAAAAGGAGUCUCUCUGGGGGUCUUAAUAGUCCAAAAGCCGAUGUGCCAAAGAAAGCGAUACUAGAAAGGAUUAAUUCAAAGAAAGCGGCAUGUUCCUACCAGUUAGGAAACCAGCUUUCUCUGAAAUGGUCAACGGGGGCUGGACCAAGGAUCGGGUGCAUUGCGGACUACCCUAUUGAACUGAGGAUGCAGGCUUUGGAGUUCACUAAUCUCUCUCCAACUCCAAGGGGGAACGGCCGAAUGGUUUUUCCAUCACCUAAACAUAGUGGUAAUUAGAAUAAAUGAUAAUCACAUCCAGGUUACUUUAAUUGGGCGUAAAAUGUGAAUUAGUUUGUUUGAAGUUUGGAUUAUUAUAAUUAUAAAAUAAAAUGUUAUGUUUUGGUUCC